AAUAUAUGAGAAACCUUGUACUCAGAGCUCUAGCAGCCGAAGACCAACUGUACGCAGAGAGUCGUGGAAAAUGGUGAAGUUCCUGAAGCCAAACAAGGCGGUUAUUCUCUUGCAGGGUCGAUUCGCUGGCCACAAGGCGGUUAUCGUGAAGAACUUCGAUGAAGGCACGCGCGACCGCCCCUACGGCCACUGCCUUGUCGCCGGAAUCGGCAAGUACCCAAGCAAAGUAAUCCGUAAGGACUCCGCCAAGAAGCAGGCCAAGAAAUCGCGCGUCAAAGCCUUCAUCAAGCUCGUCAAUUACAACCACAUCAUGCCCACUCGCUACACGCUUGACGUGGAUCUAAAGGACAUUGUAUCUGCUGAAGCGCUGGUGUCGCGUGACAAGAAGGUGACCGCUUGCAAGGAGAUCAAGGGUAGGUUUCAGGAGAGGUUUAAGACUGGGAAGAACCGUUGGUUUUUCUCGAAGCUCAGGUUUUGAGGUGAAAGCUAUUUUAGUCUGUCCUUGAUUUUUGUUCGGCAUUUUGACUGAUGAAGUUCUCUUUUUUUUUUUUUUUUAUUGUGGAUUAGAUAAUAUAGAACGAUUUUCGAAAUGAAAUGUGUGUUCUAUUGAGGCGUCCUGAAUUUAUCAUUGUUAGUUCCUAAUUUGGGUUUUUCAGCAUAAUUGGGUUCUUUGAUUUGAACGUUUUGCA